AGAGUUCACUGUAUUAGCGAUGAGACAAUUGUUAAACAAAGAAUUAUGAUACAUAAUCAUAUCGAUUAUGAAGAUUAUGCUAAGUUACCUGAAUUUACUUGGGAAGAAAUUAAUGAGUGUGUUCAGCGUGGGGCUCAUUUGGUCGUUUGCGACAGACUUGUGGUGGAUUUUCUUGAUUGGAUCCAUUCGCAUCCAGAUUUUUACAACACACACCUAGACAUGAAAAUUUCUGAAGAAAUAGAUUCUCAAGAAGCUUUACUUAUUCCAAAUGAUAAGCUCUCUGAAAAAUUUUCAUCCGUGCUUGCAAAGCAUAUAAGUCACCUUCAAGGGGUGUCGAUACCUCAAAAACUAUCCACAAUUUCCAGAUCAAUUGAUAAUCUUAACAAAAUGUAUUAUCUAAAGACACC